GUCCGGGACAAUAAUACCGAUGCGCACAUUCCGGACAAGAGAUCGCUGGAUGGAAGCAAAGACAUUAGCGACUUGGACUCCGAAGCUCUACUAAAAUGCAUUAAAACCUAUAUGUAUUUCAUGUUUAUAGCUUAUUAAAGUUUAGCCUUAUCAGUAAAGAUAAAAAAAAAAUUGAAAAUGAACUUGCCGCUUACCUGUUUAGCAGUGCAUAUGGUCAUUUAGAGACCUAUCAUGCAAUACCUUCCGAGGAAAUUAUAUCUUUACUAGCUGACCAAAGGCUGUCAGUUCCUUAGUUGCUUAAGAACGGUUGUAAAUCCUGCAAAGACUGCGUCGUCUUUUCAACAAUCAUUGAAAUUAACGUGAAUGUUAGAAGAAAUCGUCUUUAAAUAUAACGUCAGUGCUCCAUUGCAACAUCCGACAAGUGUGCUGGCGUUAUGAAUAUACUAUAGAAGCAGAGUCCACUGUAUCUGUAACCAGGUCUUUGUGGGAAACGCCUGCGUCUGGUCUGGAGUUCAGUCUUCGACCUCCAGCAUGCCGGGCAUGGUAGUUUGUGGCCGGCGAUGGGGAAUCGCUAGCGACGACUUGGUGUUUCCCGGGGCGUUUGAAUUGUUCAUCAGGAUCAUAUGGUGGACAGGAACGCUGGUGCUGUACUCGGUACACAAGGGCCGGUUCGAUUGUAAGGGCGGCGGGACGCUGCACAGUUACCUCAUCGUGCUGCUGGUCCUGCUGGCUGCCAUCAUCCUGUCUCUCUGCGCCCUUGUCUACGCCAGCAUGCAGGGUACCAUCAUGAACGCCAGGCCGCGGCGCUCUGUGCCCGCGCUGUUGUGUGUGCGCGCCGUGCUGUGCGCCCCGGAGCUGGUCUGGGCGUGUCUGGGGGCCGUCUGGGUGUCUGACGAGAGCCUGGGCUGCGAGAGGGCAGUGGUCAGGGCUGUGACUAGCGCAGUGGUGGCCAGCUGGAUCCUGCUGUUCUUCACGGGGGUGGCCGUGCUCCUGGUGCUGGACCCGCUGGGCGGCUGCCGGCCGGCGCGCCCGGACCCGGGCGCGGAGCGGGACCUGGAGAGCAGCGGCUCGGCCCAGCUCCUGUCCGGGGCGCGCUCCGUGGCCGCGCGGGUGUGGGAGAGCCGCCUCCGCCUGCUGAGCUGCUGCCUCCCGCGGGACGACAGCCACCACGCGGCCUUCUCCAGCAUCGCACAGCUGCUGGGAGACUUCUUCUGGGACACGGACCUGGUGGCCAGCGACAUCGCCGCUGGGCUUUCUCUCCUCCACCAGGAGCAGGACAAGAUGGAGCAGUACCGCGACCCCGAGGAGGUGGUAGCGCACAGCCCCCCCUCCCUCCCUCAGGAGGACCUGCAGGGGGAGCUGGAGAGGGCGGCUCACUGGAUGCCGUUCGCCAUGGCUGCCUAUGGCUGGCCCUUGUUCGUCUACUCCAACCCGGCGACCGGGCUGUGCAAGCUCAGCGGGGACUGCUGCCGGAGUCGCAGCCCGGAGUACGACAUUGUGGACGCCGAUCACCUGGGCUGCCACUUCACCUCCAUGCUGCACACUACAGGCCUGCAGUACCGGGACUUCAUCUACAUUAGCUUCCACAACAAGAUCUACGAGAUCCCCUUCUUCGUGGCCCUGGAUCACAAGAAGGAGGCCGUGCUGGUGGCCGUGAGGGGGACACUGUCUCUCAGGGACGUCCUGACCGACCUCUCGGCCGAUUCCGAGAGCCUGCCCGUCGAUGGCGUGUCGGGGGCCUGCUACGCGCACAAGGGCAUCAUGCAGGCAGCCAGCUACAUCCACAGGAAGCUCAUAAACGAUGGGAUCCUUAACCAGGCCUUCACUAUCGCUCCAGAGUACCAGCUGGUGAUCACGGGGCACAGCCUGGGCGCUGGCGCGGCCGCGGUGCUGGCAGUCCUCCUCCGCAGCUCCUUCCCUGGGCUCAAGUGUUACGCCUUCUCGCCACCAGGGGGCCUCCUCAGCAAAUCCCUCGCCAACUACUCCAAGGACUUCACGGUUUCUGUGGUGGUCGGGAAGGACCUGGUUCCCCGACUGAGCAUCCCCAACAUGGAGGACCUGAAGAGGAGGAUAUUAAGGAUGGUAUCCAACUGCAAUAAGCCAAAGUAUCAGAUCCUGCUGCAUGCCUGCUGGUAUGAGGUAUUUGGGGGCGACCCUGACGACUCCCCGACUGAGCUGGAGAACCGGCGGCAGGAGGAGCUGAGUCGCCCCCUGCUGGGGGAGGAGAGCCUGCUGCUGCACCGCUCGUCCUCGUACCAGAGUCUGGCGUCCGAGGACUCUCCAGGGCACGGCUCCCAGCCCCCACUUUACCUGCCUGGGAGAAUCCUGCACGUCACCGAGGAGGGGCCUGCCCGCAGGGCGUGUUUCUCCCAGGUGAAGUACCGGGCCGAGUGGUCCAGUGAGAUGGCCUUCUGCAGCGUCUUCAUCAGCCCCCGUAUGCUCACCGACCACAUGCCGGACGUGGUGCUCCGGGCUCUGCAGAGCCUGACCCAGGACAGCGCCUUCUCCCUCUGCCCCACGCCACACAGCGACACGAACCACCUGAACGUGAUCUGAGCGUGAGCCGAGCAUGAUCCGAGCGCCCACAGCGGGGCCCCCGGCCUCGGGAGGGGGAGAGGCAGGCAGGACUCUGAACGACCUCAUCUUCACCCUUUACGUUGUCUCAGUGUAGGUGUGAGUUUAUGAUUUGUGAAAAUAACUUAAAAGGGCUCCAGAAGUUAUUUGACCUGUCAGGCUUAACUGCGCAAUGUGGUGAUUUGAGAAUCCCCAGCUGUUGUCAGGACUGGCUUGUGUUUGUCUCCUGUUUUUAGCUGUUUGUUUAACUGGCACUAUAAAUCACACCUUGUUAAUGAAAAACAAUGGAAGAUAGAUAUUCAGAGAAAGAACUGUGGCACUACCUUGCAUGAAUACUGAGCUUGGAGUCUCUCCAACCAUUUAGAUAGAGGAAGAUGUCAGCUCCUGCGGUGUGUGCUGAUAUAAAGACAAGGUGUCAGUGUUGGAGUGGUGCUAGAGAGAGGUUGUGCAAAAUAAGCACCUACCCCUGACAUCUUUUGGGUUUACAUUUGGGAUGAAAAGAGAUUUCUAUUUAUUUAAUCUUUUUAAUUUAAGAAUUUUGCAUCGUAUAAUCUACAUUCUCCAGGUUGUAAUUCUUAAUUUUUUAAAAAAAACUAUCAUAUUGAAGCAAGAAUUUAAAUUCAUGCACUUUCUAAAAAAAUCAUGGAUUUUGACAGAAUGGUACUAGAAUAAUACCUGUUUAGUUCUAAAGAUCAUUUUAACAUAUAUUGCCAGUCAGGCCCAGUUUCAUUUUACUUGUACCAGAAAGCUCUUUGGAAAGUAUACUUAUCCUGUACAAUGUGGUAUCCAGGUGUUAAGUAUAAGACAUUGUGAAAAUUGUCUGACUGAUGACUAGUCUACUUUUUUUAAAAUAAUGACUCCAGAGGUAUGUCUGGCUGUGUCAAUGGAAUCCACUCCUUCAGACCAUUCUACUUAAAGCAGAUUUGAAUAAAGAUUGCAUGACUGCUGAGUGCAAAAGAGCUGUGAUUUUUUUUCCCCUCCUCCUACUACUGUGCUUGCUUUGCCAUUAAAGGCUUUAUUAAACAAAA